AUGUCUCUGAGGGAUCUGCCGUAUGAACCCCCCUCCGUUUCAGAGCUGCAGGAAUUCCUGCUGGAGAACAAACGGCCGACUGGGCACGUCAAUCAAGUCUGGCCUAACCUUUACAUAGGCAAUGAGUCUGUGGCACGAGACAAAGCCACACUCUCAUCUCUGGGCAUAACUCACAUACUGAACGCUGCGGCAGGUCGGCACCGGAUCAACACAGGCCAGCAGUUCUACAAUGACCUUGAAGUGGGGUAUUUUGGCGUGGAAGCUGCAGACCAUCCAAAGUUCAACCUGCAACAUUUUUUCAGCUCUGCUGCUGAGUUCAUAGAGAGCUCUCUGAAAGAAAAUGGGAAGGUGUUUGUUCACUGCGCCUUGGGUGUCAGCCGCUCUGGAGCACUGGUUUUGGCAUAUCUGAUGAUUUGCCAGGGCCCGUUAGUGGAGGCCAUCAUCGCUGUGCGUCUGAGCCGAGACAUUGGACCCAACUCUGGAUUUUUGGAACAGCUAAGACAGCUGGACCUGAGCCUCCGUCCAGAAAGCAAAAAAGAUCAUGGAGGACUUUGUGAUGAUGAACAAGAACAUACUAUUUAUCUUAUGUUAUAG